UAGGAGUGUGAGUUCAAUUAGAUUUCUUUGGCGUUGGUGUUAUUCCUCGUCCUCCAUCAGAUACGGGGAGGCCAAAAAAAUCUACGGUCAGCAUUUGAGAGCUUACUAAAUCAACAAAACUGAGCUAAAAACAAAAAAAAAUAGAUUUCUUGCAACAAAUGCCAAGUACAAGUUAUUUGUGCUUGAUGUAACACAUUAUUAAUCGUGUGGCGCCAAAAAGCGGAAACGUGCCAGAAACAAAAUAAAAAAAGGAAGCAUAAGAAUUCCCCACUGAAGACGCUGCCGUGUGUGGAGGAAUUUUUCGCUCACAUACGCAAACGCAAAAAACAAAAUUUAUCGGAAAAUAUUUGCAACAGUUUUCCAGCGGCAAAACGUUGAGCCUUUGUGUGUGUGGGGGUUUUUUUUUUUGUUUCGUUUUGAUUUGUUUUGCCGGCUGAUGAAUAUCUUUGAAUAAUGUCCACAUUUGAGGAUGGCCAACAACAAGAAAACACAACUGCAACAACACAAACCACAAAUAAUAUGCACAACAACAACAACAAUAACAACAAUAGACGUCAACUCACGCCCCUGAAGGAAGAGGCAGGGGAUACUGGCGAAGGAGGAGGAGAGGAUCAGCAACCACAACAGCAGCAGCAGCAACGGGAAGAUGCAACCAGCGGUGGCAGUUCUAUAAUGGGAAAAAUGAAGAAACUAUCGAGCAUAUUACCCGAUUCUCUGAGCAAGUGGUGGUCACCCGGUAGAGUCAACUUAUCAUCAACGACAUCAUCGGGCGAUGAACAUCAAUAUAAUGGAGGCCAGACCCAGACUACAGCAACGAAACGGAAACGUGGACGCCGUCGCAUACAAUUGGAAGCCGAAGAAGAUGAUUCACCCGUUGGUGGUGGUUUCGAUGUCGAUGAUGGAGCCAAUGCUCAGGGCUUGGAUUACGAAGAAGUUGCUUUAGCUGAUAACAUUGCCGAACAUGAUCUGGCCGCCGAGGAUGAGCAGACGCGUCGCAAUGAAUAUAAUAACAUUUAUCUCUAUCGGAAACAGAAAUCGGCAUCGAGCACAGCCGCCAGAAGAAAUGCUCACGUUAAUGAUGGGAAUGUAGAUGACGAUGAUGAUGAUGACGAUGACGAUGAGGACGAUGACGAUGAUGACGGGGACGAUGACGACGUGCCUCCGCAGGGUCGUGGUGCUGAUGAGGGUUUUGACAAUGAAGCAGGAGCAAAACAAUCAAGACACCUAACCAAACGUAGACGAUUGGCGGAGUCGGAAAAGGUGGUGACAUUACGCGGUCAGCGAAACAUGUCAGCAUUAGCCUCCUCCACGCCCGAUCAUCAUCAGCAGCAGCAGCAUCCGGGUGGUAUUGGUAAUAGUGCAAAUCGUUAUGCACACCAUCGUCUGACCCAUUUGAAUCUCUAUGGGGGAAGUCAAAGGCAACGUGAACCGGCAUAUAAUUUCUUUACUGGCACUGGCACUGGAACUGAGGCAGCAGUGGCUACCAGCGGAGAUUUGCCCUUCAGUACCCGUCGCUCAUUGAAUAUCAAUUAUACAAUGGAACGCGGUCAGCAGCAGCAUCCGCUGCCGUUGCCCACCUAUAAGAGGCAAUCGCUAUUGUCGACUACUACACAGCAGGACAGGGGUGCCACACCUUGGCGCACAUCAACAACGAUUGAUGAGACACCUUCUGCAGCAGGAGGAGGUGCAACCACUGAUCGGGAUAAUAAUAAUUCUGAAUUCUGCUCCAAGGCAAACAAUAAUAAUAACAACAACAACAGCAUUCUCGGAAUAAAGAGAUCCGUAGUAGUGGAGAAUCAUAGAGAAAUUGGAAGUGAAAGCGGUGAUAGAGAAACAGGAACUGGCGGCCGCCCAUCACCAUCAUUGCAUCAGCAACAACAUUUUGGAAGCAAUAGCAAUUUAGACUUUUAUGGCAAUUUACAGAGUGCCAAAUCAAUUUUUAAUCGCUCCACCACAGGCGGUGGCAAUGGUCGUGGCGUCGUCGGUGGUAGUGGAGGUGGUCAUCAUCAUCAUAAUUCCACGUUAUCCCUUAAUUCAUUGAGCCGUCGUCGCAGAUUCAAUGCAUCUAUAUAUGGUUCGACAUCGGCUCUAAGCGAUAGCCGUUUAUUGAGUAGCAGCGCCUCAGCCAAUCUGACAAGUGGCGGCCUAAUCUCUAGUAGUUCACCAUUCUAUCAGGGACGCACCACAUUUGGUGGCAAUUCGGCAAACAAUCGGAUCUUUAGUCAAGGCAAUUUAAGUUCAGCCUCAUCAUCACUGUUAGCCAUUAACUCUGGUGGAAGUUCACCAGCGCAUCCAACAUCGGCGGCGGCUAUUGGUGGUGGUGGUAUCAAGAAGAUUGGAAUUACUCACAAGUUGCCAACAACUGACUCGAACCAACAGAACCCAAGCUCCGCCUCGUCUGAAGCUGGGCUAUCGAAUACGGCCAGAAGAAUCCUCCAACUGCUCGAGAGCUAUUCAACGCCCCUAAUUGAUGCCAAGCGCAUGGGCAGCACUAUCAAGGAGCAUCAGGCAUCACGUCAAAUUCGUGGACAACAAUUCACUCCUUAUGCCCGACCGGCGCCGGGUAUUAGUAGUAGUACUAGUACCAAUAUCAGUAAUUCUACAACAACACCAGCAGCAGCAGCAUUUCAGGAAAUGCUUGAUACAGUGGAGCGUCGUCGUCUGCACCGUGUGACCCAAAGUUCCCGUAAAUUAGUGCAAAGUCCGACAAAGCAGCAACAGCAAUUGAAAAAGCUCUUACCUAGUCGGCAGCUGCAGGAUGCCGCCGCCGCCCUACCUCCUGUUGUUCCUGCUGUUAUAGCUACUUCUAUUCCUAAUACUGCAUCUUCUGCUACUACUAUAGCUUCAACUGCUGCAGCUGCAGUCGCAGUUCUCACCCAUCCUAUAGAAAAACAACAACAACAGCAGCAACAACAACAAACACAACCUUAUAAUCAUACAAACAAAAUGCGCUCUCGCCUUUCGCACCAGGUUCGAAAAGAUUUGCAUUCAAAUGAUGAAGUGGCUCCAGCUCCCUUGGAUUUGCCUCAAUUAAGUUUCCCACAAAUGGCAAAUGCACCCAAAUUUGAUUUGAUUAUAAAGCCCACGCCAUCUUCAGUGGCGUCAGUGGCAUCAGUUGCUUCUACACCAUUGUCAAGCAACUGGUCGUCUAGUGUCGCCGCUAGCAAACCACCACGUCGCAUCUUCACUUUUGUCCCGCCCGAGCCAUUGCCACCGGCGGCGGCGUUAAUGGAGGGAGCCGCCGUUCCCAAUGCCAAAUUGCGUUUUAGACGUUUUACAUUUGUGCCACCAAUUGGAUUGGAGGAGGAUUAUGCCGCCACGAACAUCAGCAGCCAACAACAGCAGGAGGCAAAAAAGCCACCAGCUGUUAAUGGUGCUAGUAGUACAGAAGGAUUUGGUAUGCAAUUCAAGAAAUCCUCUAAAGAGUGGGAGUGCGAUGCUUGUAUGAUAAGAAAUCCAGAGAAUCGUACACGAUGUGCUGCUUGUGAGACACCCAAACCGGGUACAGGUGCAGCACCAGCAUCAGCUUCUGCUGUUCCAGCACCAACGGCAUCAGCAUCGGCAUGGCCUGUUGUUGCCGCCAGCGAAGGUUUUGGUCAACGUUUCAAAAAAUCAUCUACAGCCUGGGAAUGCGAUGCCUGCAUGUUGACUAAUAAAGAGGAUGCCAUUAAAUGCAUAGCCUGCGAGACGCCACGUAAAAGUGUAAACAAAUCUCCGACGACAUCGAAUCCAGCACUGCAGGCGCCGUCGAUGCCAGUUUCAGAAAGUUUUGGUAACGCUUUCAAGCCCAAGACCAAUACUUGGGAGUGUCCCACAUGCAUGAUUAUGAAUCAAUCAACAGCUAGCGAGUGCGUUGCCUGCCAAACACUUAAUCCCAAGAGCACUUUUGCCAGCGCCAAGGUACCCGCUGUGGCGACAUCUUCCAGCAUAAGUUCUUCAUUUAAAUUCGGUUUUGGCGCUGGCCCCAUCGCCGCCGCUCCCAAGCAGGAUACAAAAUUCCAGCAAUUGGUUGCUGAUCAGAAAUCCAGCAAAUGGAAUUGUGAUGCCUGCAUGGCACAGAAUGAUAUAAGUCGUGCAAAAUGCAUUUGUUGUGACAAUUUGAAGCCUGGAGGAUCAACUGAAACAUCCGCAUCUGCAGGAACAACAUCAUCAUCGGCAGCAGCAAGUGUUGUCCCUAAAUUUAGUUUUGGCUUCGGCUCAAUUAAAGAAAAGACGAUGACGACGACGGCCAGUCCAGUUUUACCCACCACCAACAUACCAGUCUCCAGCACUCCCCCAUCGGCGGUAUUUAGCUUUGGAACUUUGGAUAAUAAAAAGCAGCAGCAGAUGACGACGACGACGACUACGAUGAUACCGACAACGACAACAACAACUCUUGGUUUUGGAGUUUCACCCGUCAAACAAUUCCAAUUUGGCAUACAAAAAACGGAAGUAGCCGCAGCAGCAGCGCCACCACCAGUAGAACAAAAGAAAGUGGAUCAACCCGCCGCGGCGGCGGUAGAAAAAGUGGUUAGCUUUAGCAUUAACCCUCCAGCAACAGACACUACAGACACAACCACAAAAGGAGCAGGAUUUGUGUUCAAAUCACCAAUUAGUGGCAGCACAACGUCGAGCUCGACGUCAAUCACGUCUGGAUUUGGCUUUGGCAGCAACACAUCAAUUUCAUCUUUUGUGUCUGCCUCAUCCACCUCCUCCUCGUCGUCAUCAUCAUCAUCAUCAACUGUUUCAAGUUCCACAUCUAGCACAAGUAAACCUAUGUUUCAAUUUGCACCCUCUGCCGCAGGAGCAUCAUCAACUGGUGCGAUCAGUAGCAAUGUUAGUAGCAGUACACAGUCACAGGCCGGAGGAUUUAGCCUUUUUGGCGGUGUGACAACAGCAGCAACAACAACAUCGGUAGCGGCCACUGUCACGCCAACAUCAACUCCAGCGGCGGGUGGUGGUCUUUUCAGUUUUGGCAAUCAGGCUAAAUUGACGGCCACAUCAUCGACAUCAUCGGCUGCAUCAUCCCCGACACCCAAGACGAAAGCCUUCUUUUUUGGCCAACAGCAGCAACCAGCUAACCAACCAACUGUAGAUGCCCCACCAGCAGCAGCACCAUUGAAUACAAAUUCUAUAUUUGGGGCCACUGCUAGCAGCACACCACUGAGUGGUUUCAGUGGUUUUGGUAGUGGUGAUAACAAGGCGAAAACAACAGAUAGCAACAACACCACUGGCUCCAUUAGCACCACCCAAUCAAGUGUUAAAAGCAAUACAUCUGGCUUUACAUUUGGUAGCAGCGGUGGUGGUGGUGGUGGUGCUUUUGCCUGGCCCAUCAGUAAUGGUAGCACCAAUACCAAUACGGCGACUUCAUCCUCAUCCUUUUCAACGACUACAACGCCAGCGAUGGCUGCGGCAAUUGUGUCCUCAUCCACCACCAGCAGCAGCACCAGCAACAACAACAGCUCACCUCAUGUGUUUGGUAGUAAUGUUUUUGGCAGUACAACAAUGGCGAGUCCAGCUGGAAAUCUUUUUGGUUUGGCUGGAGCAGGAGCGGCAACAUCAUCAACGCCAGGUUUAUCCAUUUUAGGUGGCAAUAGCACCGCCAACAACAGCACUAUCUCAUCAGUUUUUGGUGCUGGAAAUAAUCCAUUUGGAUCAAGCCAAUCGACGACAACGACGCCCGCUACUACAGUUGCUCCAGCGGUAGCUGCAACGGCCGCCACCGCAAACAUUUUUGGAAGUGCAACACCUGCAGCAGCAGUAGCACCACAACCACCAGCGGCGUCAUCAACACCAGCAUUUGGUGCAGGAAGUGGAGGAGGAGGAGGAUUUGCAGCAGCAGUAGCUACCACAACCGCCAAGCCAGCAUUUAAUUUUGGAAGCGCUGCAUCAACAGUGGGAACAACGCUCACACCGGGAGCCUUCAAUUUUGGAGCAUCUGCCAAUGUCGCACCAUCGGCUGCAGGUGGAGGAGGUGCUGCUGUCAGCACGAUAAAGCCGGCCUUUAAUUUUACCGGAUCGGCCACAGUGGCUGCACCACAAACGGGCACUUUCAAUUUUACGGGCAACUCCACGGCAGGACCAUUGCCUGGAGCAGCUCCACCAGCCACUGGAAAUGCAGUCCAUCAAACUGAUUUAUUUGGGGCACAUCAGCAGCAGCAGCAGCAACCGCAAUUGCAGAGAGUCUUUCAGUUUGGUAGUGUUGCUUCUUCACCUUUUACUUCAGACGGUGGUAAUGGUAUUGGUAAUGGUAAUGCUCCCGGUGCCGUCGUCUCAGCCGCUGCUCCUGCGCCGCUGCCUUCAAUAUCCUCCACCAACAAUGUCCCAGCAAUGUUUACUUUUAAUGCAACACCGACGCAAAUGCAGUCUGCGACACCGUUUCAAUUUAGUGCCACCGCCCCCUCGGCCGCCGCCUCUGCCGCGACAAAUAUAUUUGCCUUCAAUUCGACAACGGGAGGCAAUUCCAGUCCAAAUUCUACCCAGAAGGCCAGACGGAUGAUACGCCCAUCGAUGCGUCGUCCCCGGUAGAAAAGACGGAGCAAACGGCUGCUGCUGUAAAUGAUAUGAGCCGACGACAACUACGCCAAAAUAAAAGAGAGGAUGAUGAUUUUAGGCAACACUUGGGGUCGCCACAUUUGAGACUCCCCGAGGAGCGGGUGGGGUCUAGUAUGUGUUUAAGACGACGUCCUCAACGUCUCAGUGAAAGAAAGCAACAAUUACAACAGGAGUUGCAUCAACUGCGACAGCAGCGACGUCAAAAAAUUAACAAAUAUCGCUUUGUGCGAGCAGCAGCAGCAGGAGCUGCUGGAAUAGUAGCAGAAGCACAUACACCAGCACCAGCGAGAAAAUCAGGAAUCCCCUCAAUAGCUGGCGAACGAAAGAGAUUUGUCGGUUUGGGUCAGUUAGUUACUUGUCGGCCAAUACGAAAAAUUAACAAAUAUAAUAAGGAUAAUAACAACGAAGAUAACAACAACAGUAACGGCAGCAGCAGCAACAACAACAACAACACUAUAACCUCGUCUCAGCAACAGCAAAGCAACAGCAAAGCAACAGCAAAUCAUCAACAACAAUUCACCACGUCCUGCGAAGUCGCUAUAAAUUAGUGCGAAACAAAGGAUCAUCGACUGAACAACAACAAUAAAUAACAACAGCAGCAAACAAAAAGAACAACCACAACUGGCGAACUGAAAUAUCAUCAACAUAAACAUAUGUAUAAUAUAUAUAUAUAUAUAUCAAUACAAUUAUCCUAAAUGUAUAUGCCAUAUAAGCACAUGCAUAUACAUAUUACAUUGAUAACUAAAGUCACAUAAGCAAAUCAGAUAAGCAAUUGAUAUAAUAUAUAUAUAUAUAUAUAUAUGUUUAUAUGUACAAGUCCUAAUUUUUGAGAUGGAUUCGUUGUUGUGUGUAUAUAUAUAUAUACUUAGAUAUAUAAUAUAUAUAUAUUUAAAUACAUGUAUGUGUGUGUGUGGCUGUGUGUGAUAAAAAGAUUUAAAGAAACGCGCACGCACACACACACACACACUGAAAGAAAUGAAAAAUAAUCUAUUGUAAAUUUCACAAUUUCAAACAUAUUUUAUAAAUGUUUAUUAUUAUUAUUUUGUGGUCCACUCUUUGUCAACGCCCCCGCCCCGCCUGCACCCUGCCCUUUCUUUAUACAUACAUAUAGAAUAUAUUUAAAAAUCAUUGUAAACGAUAAUUAUGUAAUAAUUAUGUUGUGAAAAACUGUGUAAAGAGACAUUGGUCGAAAAUUGAGAUAAAGAGAAAAAUAAUGAUGAGGAGAAGGAGAACCCAUGAACCGAAAGGAAUAGCGCAAAAGAGAAGAAAGAAAUACUAUAAUAUAUAUAUUGAUAUAAUACUAAUACAUAAUAAUAAUAAUUAUGAUAAUGAAAUGCCACAUUUGUUUUAGGUUAAGAAAUAGUUUUGGAAAGGAGAGGUAAGGAGUGUUAGGGGGCUUAGGAAAAAGAUGGCUAGAUUCGUACAUGAUAAUUAAUGAUUGGUUAUCGUGGGGAGAGGAGAGCAUAAUUGCAUUAAGUCUUAGAAUUUUUGUUAUUCAUUAUAAUUAAUUUUCUCAACUUUUUUUUUGUUUUUGAUCAUACAAAGUAAUAAAUGCAAAAUAAAAAAUAAAACAGAUUCAACUAUUUAGCUGCAUUAAAGAAACCAAGUAACAGUAACACUAAUAGAUAUAGAUCAUCAAAAGCGGGGGUUCUACAAAACUACAGUUAUAAUGAUAGAAAGAGUAUAGUAGCAAAACAGCUACAGAUAAAAUUUUUGCGAAAUUGAUAGGGGAAGGGAGCGAGAUAUUGAAUGGAAAUUGAACCUAUUGUAAAUAAGUAAAUAUAUGCGGUAUAUCUAAAGCAAAAAGAAAAGAGAAAAAAAAUAAACAAAAUGAAAAUGAA